UGAGCAUUGCCGUCGUUUUCACCAUUGGCCUCUCUAUCGCCGCAUCCUAUGGGUGAGACCGAGAGAGACACUGCUGCACAUAAAAGAAUUAAUAGACAGAUCCACAAGUAAGUCGUGUUCUGGGUGCGCAGCGUAUCAGCGGGUUUCGGCUUCAAGUUCGGGCCUCUGCACUCGACUCUCCCCUUCCUGCUGCUGGGCAUCGGUGUGGAUGACGCCUUUAUCAUCACAUCGGCAUUCCACCAUACGUAUGACGCCGACGCAUACCCCAUGGAGUCCUCCAUCCCGCUGCACGAGAGAGUCGCCCUCGCCAUGAGCCAUGCCGGCAUGAGCAUCACGCUGACGUCGAUCACGGACGCACUGGCAUUUGGGAUUGGCGCAUCCACCACUGUACGCGAAUGAAGAGAGGAGAGAAGGCCUUUGGGUGGCUUGUCGCACUCUGUCUGUGUUGUUGGCUGCAGAUUCCCGCUCUUUCAUCCUUCUGCGCCUAUGCGUCGUUCGGCAUCCUGUGGUGCUACCUGCUGCAAGUGUUCUUCUUCACUGCCUGCCUGGUGGUGGACCAGUGGCGUGCUCAGCGACAAAUAUACGACUUCCUGGUGAGCUGAGCCACACCCGGUGACGCAUUGGGGGUGACUGGCAACGCGCUUUGCCUUGGUACUCUCUUCAUGUCAGUGCUGCAUCAAGGCGUCCAAACCGCAUCUGCUGGGCGACAUCCAGGAUGGCCAAGUGGUCGACAGGUAAGGAACAGACAAGGGGUACCCACAGUGACGGUGCCGACCGCUCUGGCGUGUGGCUUGUUUGCAGGUACUGUUACUUCUGCACGUGCAAGCCUGACCUUUUGGCGAGAUUCCUGGGGGGCCCAUAUGCCAAUAUUCUGACCAAGACACCCGUCAAGGUGCCCAGCAAGACACAGCGCAACUCAGGUGUGCAAUCAUGUGACGCAUCAUUCGCUGCAGGUGGGCGUGCUGGCGGUUGCGGCGGCCCUGCUGGGCGCUUCCAUCUAUGGGGCGACGAAUCUCGAGGAACGCUUCGAUUUAGCGUUCUUUGUUCCAGACGAUUCGUACGGCAGUAAAUACUUCGACUACCUCGAUGACUACUACAGCGGCGCACGUACGCUAUCGCCAAACGGACAAAGACAUUCAUGCAUCCGGUACACCUUCCCAUGGCCUUGUGCGUGUGUGUGUGUGUGUGUGUGUGCAGCUGUCCCCAUGACGGUGGUGGUCAAAGACUUCGAUUACUACGCUAACCGAGACACCACCCUACCGGUAAACGCACGCACACAACCACUCACAGGAGGGCGUCCAUUACCCAGUGACUCACACACGGCUGAAUUGCAUUGUGUGCAGGAUGUGUCAUCAAUUCUGCGUACGUCCAAGUACGUCGAGGCAUCGACCGUCGAGAGCAUCUUCGAAGAAUACGCGAGAUCGCCCCUUUAUGACACGGUGAUCACGCAUGCGAUGCGACAAAGCUGGGACACACUUACCGACGCGCUUAUGACAUGCAUUUUACGUGUGCUGUAGAGCACGCCAGCCGCUUGGUACACGGGCCUCUCCACCUUCAUCACUCAAGACGGACCCGGCAAAAGGUACAUCACAACACCAUUCCGUCCUGUCACUCACACACACGUCCACACACUGCGUUUCACUGCUGCAGGUUUGAGCAGGACAUCGUAUGGCGGGACCCCCUGGACGUCACGCAAGGCAUCCGCGCGUCGCGCCUGCGGGCCGGCUACCGAGGCAGCGCCAUCCCUGACUCGCCCAGCCAAGUGGAUGCGAUGCUGACCCUGAGGAAGGAGCUGGCUGACGUCGAUGGUGUGGAUGUCUUUCACUACUCCUUUGAGCACCUGACGUGGGAGGCCAGCGCCGUCAUUGUGUAUGAGCUGAUCCUGAACCUGUCGCUGGCAUUUACAGCGGUCUUCCUCGUGACACUGGUCGGCACGGGCAGGGCAGGCAGAAACACACAAUGGUUGAGAAGCCGAAUGUUCGUAUGGUUCUUCUGUCUAUCUUCACGUGUGUGCAGUUUUUGAUUGGUCAUCCACUGACGAGCAUAAGGACCUUGUCUUCGUGUGUGUCCUCUACUGUGUUGUCGUCUCUCUCGGUGAGUCUCCACACUCACACACACUCACACACACACACAGAGGAGCGACUGCGCUGUGCCUCCAUGCGCUCGUCCUCCGUCUGCAUGUAGGUUUUAUGUAUUACUGGGGAGUUCCGAUCAACACCGUCUCUGUCAUCUACAUAGUGCUCGGCCUGGGCCUCUCCGUCGACUACUCGGCUCACAUCGGCUACUCAUUCAUGCUGCAACAGGCCGCCACCAGGGACGAGCGUGUCGUCAAGGCUCUGGGGGAGAUCGGCGCAUCGGUGCUCAACGGCGCCUUCUCCACCUUCCUGGCCAUCCUGGUGCUGGCCUUCUCCAAGUCAUACGUCUUCCGGGUGUUCUUCAUCCAAUUCUUCGACAUUGCCGUGUUCGGGGUGGCUGCGGGCAUCUGCAUCCUUCCUGUGCUGCUCUCCUGGCUGGGCUCGGCGCCAUACACCAUCCCACAAGACGCCCCGGUGAAGGACGGCAAGGUUGUGGAGACGCUCGAGGACACUCAUGAGCCGUCGGCCGUGACGGUGCCGACGAUACGCCAGAAGAGUGCCGAGGAAAACCACGAGAGGGAGGGUGAGGAAUCCACGCCCCCGGGGAGCGUGUAGUGGGGUGGGGUAGGGUGUGUUGGGGUGGGUUAUUUGCUGGUCUGAAUAUGAGAUGCGACUGCGCAUUGCUUGUUUGUAAGUACUGUACGUGGGGAGUGUGUUGGCUCACUCGCGGCCCUUCCAAAGGAAGGCUGAUGCGAAGGAUUGUUGAAUGGUCUGCUCUUUGUGUGUCAAUUUGGUGAUGCAGGGCUAGUGCUCGUGUAGCGUAGAGUGAUUUUUGUCCAACUGCACUUGUACUGCUCGUGUGUGCGCGUGUGGUGUCUCAUCUCGUCUUCUCCAACUUCUCGCCUAUUGUCUUCCACAGUCAGUAAUAGACUGUGCAUGUGUGUAUGUGUGCCUGUCGAUUGUUCAUUGUGCAAAGCGACGUCCCGUCACUUGAUGGUGGGUGUGGUGCAUUUUGUUUUGUGGGGCCUUUUCUUGUAGUGUUCCGAUGGAUGACUGAAUAAUGAGAGACGAGUGAUGUGGAUGAGUUUCACUCGUGUGGUGCGACACUGGCUAGUCAAC